UACAGAACAACGACAAGCCAGACAAGACAAGACAAGCUCAGCACAUACAUCCACCAUGGGUUCCGUACGCACCAAGACCACAAAGAGGGCAUCUCGCGUCAUCAUCGAGAAGUACUACCCAAAACUCACACUCGACUUCCACACCAACAAGAAGAUCUGUGAUGAAAUCGCCAUCAUCUCCUCAAAGAGGCUGCGCAACAAGAUUGCAGGCUACACCACACACCUCAUGAAGCGCAUUCAGCGCGGUCCCGUCCGUGGUAUCUCAUUCAAGCUUCAGGAGGAAGAGCGUGAGCGCAAGGACCAGUUCGUCCCAGAGGUCUCUGCUCUUGACAUCUCUGCCAAGCCUCUCGAGAUUGACCCAGCCACCAAGGAUCUCAUCAAGGCUCUUGGCUUCGACAACAUCUCCGCCAACGUUGUGCCUGUGACUAUGAACCAGGUCAUUGACCGUCGCGGUCCUCGCCGAAACUAGAGAUGCCGCGUCCAUACGACUCGCACCUUCUCUUGUUUCCUGCAUGUAGCAUUGACGCGUUCACAGAUCUUGUCUAUUGCUAGUUGACUAGUGUGAUGGAA